GAAAGAAGAGAUAGAAAGGAAAGUAGGGUAAUGCAGCAAAAAGGGAGAGGCAACAACCGAAGAUCGAGGAGUUUCUCAAGGUCUCGUCUCGCCAUUGAAGGCACUUAGCCAUCACAACACUUUCUUCUCUUUGUUCUCUUCUGCUCUCUGUUCCUUCAACAAUGGCGCCAGGAAAUGGAAAUGGAAAUGGUGUGAAUGAGCGUGACAUUCAGAAAUCGUACUGGGUUCAACAUUCCACAGAUUUGUCCGUUGAGGCAAUGAUGCUCGAUUCCAAAGCCGCUCAUCUCGACAAGGAAGAGAGACCCGAGGUACUUUCUCUAUUACCGCCAUGCGAAGGCAAGUCCGUUAUAGAGCUAGGAGCAGGUAUCGGAAGAUUUACUGGUGAAUUGGCUCAGAAAGCUGGUCAGUUGCUUGCUGUGGACUUCAUUGAGAGUGCAAUCAAGAAGAAUGAAAGAAUCAAUGGACACCACAAGAAUGUCAAAUUUCUCUGUGCUGAUGUCACAUCUCCAAACAUGUCUAAUAGUGUUUCCGAAGGAUCAGUUGAUCUGAUUUUCUCGAAUUGGUUACUUAUGUAUCUUUCGGAUAAUGAGGUUGAAAAAUUGGCUGAAAGGAUGAUGAAAUGGUUAAAAGAUGGUGGGUAUAUAUUCUUCAGAGAAUCUUGUUUCCACCAAUCUGGAGAUUCAAAGAGAAAACACAACCCUACUCACUACAGGGAACCUAGAUUUUACACUAAGGUUUUUAAAGAGUGCCAAAUGAGUGAUGAUAUGGGAAAUUCUUUUGAGCUGUCUCUCGUUGGCUGCAAGUGCAUUGGAGCUUAUGUCAGAAACAAGAAGAAUCAAAAUCAGGUCUGCUGGUUAUGGCAAAAAGUUAAGUCUGAAGGCGAUAGGGGUUUCCAACGUUUCUUGGAUGGAGUUGAAUACAGUCAUAAGAGUAUUUUACGAUAUGAACAGAUGUAUGGUCCAGGCUUUGUGAGCACCGGUGGACUUGAAACGACCAAGGAAAUUGUGACAAAGCUAGGACUAAAGCCUGGUCAGAAAGUUCUGGAUGUUGGUUGUGGUGUUGGGGGUGGUGAUUUCUACAUGGCAGGACAUUUUGAUGUUGAGGUUGUUGGCAUUGACCUCUCCAUAAAUAUGAUAUCCCUUGCCAUCGAACGGGCUAUCGGACUGAACUAUGCUGUGGAAUUUGAUUGCGCGGAUUGCUUUAAAAAGUCUUAUCCUGACAAUACAUUUGAUGUAAUCUAAACUCGUGACACCAUGUUACAUGUCAAAGAUAAACCAACGUUAUUCAGAUCAUUUUACAAAUGGUUGAAACCUGGAGGAAAAAUCCUGAUAACCGAUUAUUGCAAAAGUGCUCGAAGUCCGUCUUCAGAAUUUGCUGAGUACAUUAAAAAAGGAGGAUAUUAUCUCCACGACAUGACGGCGUAUGGGAAGAUGCUGGAGGAUGCUGGAUUUGAUGAUCUCAUUGUUGAAGAUCAAACUGAUCAGUUCGUGAAAACACUAGAGAAGGAGUUAGAUGCCCUUGAGAAGAAGAAGGAGGAUUUCAUUCGUGAGUUCGGCGAGGAUGACUACAAUGAAAUUGUGGAAAGAUGGAAGGCAAAGCAGAGCAGGGGUGAAUCUAAAGAGCAGAUGUGGGGCUUGUUCAUUGCCAAGAAAAAAUGACAUGUUCUAUCUAUAUUUAGUUUCUGUGUGACUCUAGUUUUCCAUGUAGUUUCACUUUUUAUGUUAUUGUAUGUUUAAAAUCCAGAGCUUUAGGAUGAUAACUUGCCAUUGGUUUGAGUAAUUCGUGAAUCUCCCAUUUUAUUUGGAUAA